UUUGUAUUGGGAUAACUAAGUGAGGGUUGAUUAUUUAAAUAUCAAGUCCGAAGGUUCUGCACAGUUGCAUAGUGAAUAGGGACACACAUCAACACUGAUGUGUCAUUAUGGUAUGAAAGCUCACAAACUGCAAGUCUUUUGUUGUUUUGAUUUAAUGUCUUUGAAUGUUCAUAUUGCUGUGGUUACACAUGCUGAAGGAAGUAUCCAGGUAUCUGCAGUCUUUGUAUUUUUCUAAUAGUGGAAAACUGAAUUGCAGGAAUCAAGGAGCAUGGAGCCAAGAGUGACUAUCAAUGGGACUUCAACUGUUAAGGACAUACAUCCCUGCUAUGAAUCACAUAAUACAACUAUUGUAUUUACAAGCAACCCCUCCAUAAUAUGUGUUUUAUUAUAUGUUUUCCUUGGUUCAAUGUCUGUUGUGACAGUGUGUGGAAAUCUGCUUGUAGUGAUCGCCAUCAUUUACUUCAAACAGCUCCAUGUCCCUACUAACUACCUCAUACUGUCUCUGGCCAUGACUGACCUGUUUGUAGGUGUUGUAGUCUUUCCUUUUAGCAUGGCGUUCACUGUAACCUCGUGUCGGUUUAAUCCCGCUUUAUUUUGUCAAGUUCGGGGAAGCAUUGAUGUUACACUGACUACAGCUUCUAUUUUGAAUUUAUGCUGUAUUUCUAUUGACAGAUAUUAUGCAAUAUGUCAGCCUCUCACUUAUAGAAGUAAAUUAACUCAUCAUGUUAUUGGGAUUAUGCUCCUGUUGAGCUGGGGAGUUGCUGCCAUAAUUGGAAUUGGCAUCAUGAUGGUAAGUUUUAACAGAGAAAAAUGUGGAAACAGUUGUGUAAUUGAUACUGUAUUAUCAACCAUCCUAGCAUGCGUUUUCUCUUUCUACAUGCCAGUCAUUAUAAUGCUUAGUAUCUACCUGAAAAUUUUCCUUGUUGCCCAAAAACAGGCAAACAGCAUUCAGAACACAACCUGUCAGACCACAAAGUCUGGAGCAACUGUCAGUAAGAUGGAGAGAAAGGCCACCAAAACUCUAGCUAUAGUUUUGGGAGUUUUUCUCUUAUGUUGGACUCCUUUCUUUUUUUGUUUGACAUUUCUGUCUGCUAUUAAUGCCAGAGUGUCACUCCCUGUGUUUGAAACACUCAACUGGCUUUCCUUAUCAAAUUCAAUGCUCAAUCCAUUUAUUUAUGCUUUUUUCUACAGCUGGUUCAGGUCAGCUUUUAGAAUGAUCAUUUCUGGAAAAAUAUUUCAAGGUGAUUUUACAAACACAAAGCUCCUUUGACUUCUUCUUUAGAAAACUCAACUGGAAUAUAAAUUUGUCAGGUCAUUCUAAAUGGAAAGGAUGUCACAUAAAUUGUAUCAGCUUUUAACAAUAACACAUACAAGUAUACUGUAUAAUGCCAAAUGUCUGGAAUUAAUGCAACAGGUUUCAAUACAGAGUCAGCCAAAAUAAUGUAUACACACAUCAGGAACAAAGGGU